CCGGCCUUCCCCCAGUGUGUGUUUGACCGCUGGCAAAACCUGCCGGGAGACCCCUUCGACAACACCACCCACCCCCGCCAGGGCGCUGCGGAGACGCGCAAGCGCAGAGGCCUGGAGGAAGGCAUCCCAGCCCGGGACAACUUCCUCCGUGAACGGGAGGCGGUCCUUCCCAGCAGCCCCCACUGCGGCGGGCCAGACUCCGGCGGCACUGGCGCCACCGCAACGUUUGACUGCAGAGACCAUCCUUAGCGUUCUCCUCACACAGCUCGAAACUGUCCAGACACAGUGAUGCUCCACCUGACAGGUUUCUGAGGCCCACUUAUUGCUGUCGCUCAACGUAAAUAUUGAUACUGUUGCUUUUGAUAUUUACUUCAAGAUUUCUGAGAAGACAAUGCAACAUCACAAGCUUUGGUUCUUUUUGGUGCCCCUAAGGAAGCAGUUGAGAUUUUUUGUGAAAGUAAAAUGACAAAUACUGAAGGGGUGAAUAAAGGCAUUUACUUUAGCUACCCAUGUCGACGUCACAGCUGUGCUUUAGUAAACAUCCCAGCACCAUGUGUGAACAAAAUGAUUUCACACAUUGAAGAUGUGGAGUCUAAAAUACAGGAGCAUUUGAAACAGGAGCAGAACUUCUUCAACAAAAGCCCUGAAAGAAGAUUGGAGUAUUGUUACACCAGUGAAAGAGGUCAAACCAGAAGAGAGAGAGUGUCCAGAAUUAAAGCAGGAAAUGGAAACAUUGCUAUCAGAGGCCAUCCAUCUCAUUAAAAGUCUAGAAACUGACCGUGCAGAAGCUGAAGAAGCUUUAAAACAACAAAAAUCAAGAAAGAAAAAGAUUAACAUGAAAAUUGAUUCUUGGUCAAUCUGGAAACUUCAAGAAAUCCCAUUAGCUGUGCAGAAAGAACAUGAGGCCUAUUUGAGAGAUAUUAUAGAAUUACAAUGGCAUCUUGAAGAUAAAGCUCAUCAACUAAAAUAUUUUGAGGAACAAAAGGCAAAAUUGGAAGAAGCUAAUGCCAAGCUUCAAGCAGACAUAGACUACAUGAGUGAACUUGGUCCUCUGCUGAACUCAAAGUGGAACCAGGAACUUGAAGCUCUGAAGGAAUAUAAAAAAAAAAAAUUUGAGGUCAUGGAACUAUACAAAAAAGUUCAUGAAGAACUUGAAGAAGCUAUAGAAAACUGCAAAAAUGCCAAAUUGGAUGCUAAAAAAUUUAGAGAAGACAUGGAAAAAGAUAUUCGUGAUUCCAAAACAAAAAUAGAAGCCUACAAGAAAGAGUUAGAUAAACUUAACAAUCUACGUAUUCACUACUCUUCAUCAAUACAAAAUGUUAAUUUUACUAUUGAGGAGAAUGAAGAGGCAGUGACCGAAGUAUUGAAGGAAACAAAGACAUCAACAAAUGAAUUAUCUUCGUUAUCAAAAACGCUAGAUGAUUUGAAAAGGGUUUAUGAUCAACUAGUCUGGAAGAAAAAAGUUAAUGAAAGUGAAUAUCUGGAAGCACUUAAUAAUUUUUAUGCUGCGUAUAAGGAAAAAAUCGCAGCUUGAGUCUGAAAUCCAAUCUUUGUUGAAACUGAAGUCAAAAAAUGAUGAAUUUCUUAAACAACUGUACAGA